CGUCAAUCAACAGGACCAGUCUAUCGCUUCUUUAAAUUAAUACGUUAAAAUUAAGAACCCUAACCGAACUCCUCACCCAUUCUUGCCAUUGCUCGACACAAAAUUCAUCAAAUUAGGGGUUCCCGGAUCGGAAUUUGUUGCAUUUACAGUCAUGAGCACCGGGGAUUUUCUCAAUCUUCAUCCUUCAGAACUCAAAUUUCCAUUUGAGUUGAAGAAGCAGAGCUCAUGUUCCUUACAGUUGACCAACAAGACUGAUCAAUAUAUUGCCUUCAAGGUUAAAACAACGAACCCCAAAAAAUAUUGUGUUCGUCCAAACACUGGAAUUGUAUUACCAAGAUCAGUUUGUAAUGUCACAGUUACAAUGCAAGCACAGAAAGAGACACCUUCUGACAUGCAGUGCAAAGACAAGUUUCUCUUGCAAGCUGUUAUUGCACCUAAUGGGGCAACUAAUAAGGACAUAACUGCCAACAUGUUCAAUAAAGAGGAGAACAAGGGGCGAAGAUGGAAGUCAAAAAAUUCUUCAUGGCCUGAUGUUACAACAAGAUCCGUGGAUCCCAAGGAGAAGCUCUCUGCAGAGUCGGUUUCUAUGGUAUCAAGGUUGACUGAUGAAAAAACAGCUGCUCUUAAACAAAGUCAGAAGCUCCAACAGGAACUGGAGUUGAUGAGAAAACAAACUGUGAAAAAUCAAUCAGGCGGUUAUUCGAUAUUAUUUCUGGUGGUGGUGGGUAUAAUAAGUUUUGUGGUUGGGUACCUUAUCAAGCAGACAUAGAAGAAGCAAUGGGAAAAUUGUGGAUUUGUUUUUAUUUAUUUUAGAUGCAAAUUCUCAUGGUUUUUCUGCAAAGAUUAUCAAACCCUUUGUUUAUUUUUAGUCGUGUUGUAAGUGUAAAACUGGUUCGAGUACAUUUUAUUUUUUAAUUU